UUUUCUCGCGGCUUUUCCCAGCUGGCAGCCGGCGGCACGGCCCGCCCGGCCCGGGUGCCGUCCAUAAGAAGACCAGGGAACCGGAGGCGAAGGCACCCCGCCCCGUCCCGCCCCACCUGUCGCCCUUUUGCUUUCGGUUUUUCCGGCGGCCCGGCCCGGCCAUGGAGAACGGUACCGUCUACAACCAGACCACGGAACCGGAGGCGAAGGCGCCUCGCCGCUGCCCCUUCGGCUGCACCCUGCGGCACCUGUGGGGAUGGCGGCUGCCGGCCAAGGUGGUCCAGACGAUUUUUUCUUUUGUGGCUGUUGUUUGUGAAGAAAUUGUGGAUGAUUGCAGCAUUUGUAGUGGACUUUACUUCUUUGAAUUCAUAAGCUGCAGUGCCUUUCUUUUGAGCCUCCUGAUUCUGUGUCUGUAUUGCACUGAUUUGUAUGAAUCACUGGGGAAAGAUAAAGUGCAGAAACUGAAUUUUUGGGCUGUGCCUGUCAUAGCUGCCUGGUUUCUGUUAGCAUCAAUAGUGUUUUCUGCAACCUGCUCUGGCUCUGCUGUUGAAAGUGCUGCAUGUGUAUUCGGAUUUUUUGCAACUUUUGCAUUUGCAGCUGAAUGUGGUAUAGAGCUCUAUCUCAGGCGAAAACAAAACAUCGAUGGACGCCCUGAAAAUCCUGGUAACACUCCAGGAAAAUCCAGAGAAAAUCAGCCAUUGAAUAAACAAAGAUAGCUUCCUAAAAUAGUUUCAGGUUUUUGUUUUGUUUUUUUUAAUUGAAGCAAACUAAAAUGAGCUUUCAGUGCACUGUAGGUAAUAACUUCUCUUUCUUUGUUAUGAUCGAUUUUGUAUGUAUUGCUCAUCAAAUUUUUAUGGAUUCUUGGGUCAGGUAAUGGCAUCUUGAGCAUCAUGUUCUAAGGUAACUGGUCCUGCCACCUGCUGGGAUGACAGGCACUAAAAAAGCUUGGGUCUAAACAGAAUAACUUCAGGACAGCAGUGUGCUGAUUCGAUUUUGACAGAGAUGACUAAUAAAGGUUAAUGUCUGAGGCAUAAAUUCUGAGCUAUAACCUAAAGAUAUUUCCUGGUUAAAUGGACCAUAUGCUUCUGUUGCAAGUUACAAAUUAGCACUGCAGGAUUCAUUUUUGUACUUCCUGGUCAAAUUGAAUGUAAAAGGGAUACCUAACUGGAAUCUUACAGGAAUGUUUAUCCUUAAGUAAGGGGGUUUGGGUUGGUUUUACUACUGCUAUGUCUUACUUCUGUUUGUGGAGAUCAGUUUAAUGGUAUAGUGACUGUAAAGGGUUUAUGGGGAAGGUAAUGUAAAUGGUAUAUUAAAGAGACAGUUUUGCACCCCAUGUUUGUCAAAGUUUGGACUUAUAUACCAGAAUCUUCUUUCAGAUGGUUUCGAAAGCUGUAACAAUUGCAGGAAGAAACUCGAAGAGCCAUCAGUGAGAGGAAUAAGAUAAAGAAUAAAUAUUUACAUGAGACAACUCCAGAAGUAGCAAUCUGAGUAUCAACAGGAAAAACCUUACAGCAUGUUGGUUCUAUCCUGGUGGAUAUUACUUGCAAGGUUAAUACCACAUGCAGCUUGUUUAUGUGUAGAUAAUGCUAAGUUUUGCCAGAAUGGUUUUGAACCUCACCAUUUUCUGUGUUUAUAAAUUUGGCAGUAGCUUGAGACUCCUUGCUGCUGACUAGCUCAGUUGGUAAACAGGUAAAUAAGCACUUGUCCCCUCGAUUUGUUUUACAAGUGACAGUCUGUAGGACUGCAAGGAACGCUACUGAAGGGACACGUAUCAGACAAGUCACGGAUGUGUCAGACCAGAUAUUGAUGGCUGUAAAAGAAAUGAAGUAAAAGCAUUUUUCUGAUGCCUGAGGUAAAAGCAAGACUGCUACUCCUCUCUUACCUUCAAAAGCAGAGCAAAUUAUUGUAAGCCAGGAGAUGUUCCACAAUACUAAAGCAAAUGAGAAAAAGCUGAUUAUGCAAAAACAAUUCUUGUUUGAGUGCUUGAGAUAUUUGAUGUGUCUCUCAGGUGUUGACUGCAUUUCACCGAUAUCCCAAUCUGGUGUGUUCCCAGUCCUGUAACCUCUUGCGGCAGCAUUGAGACCAAGCCCACCAGAAAUUGGCUGAGCUGUAUUUGGAAAAGGGAGAAGAAAAUGUUUUAAGACAGAGAACUGCAAUAGCAAGUCAAAGUUGUUUUUUUUUUUCCAUUGCUGACACUUUCUGAUGAGUGUGAGCUUGUGAUGUUCUCUCUCUCUCUAUGGCCUGAGACUUAACCCUAACACUACACUUUGCUUGGAGGAUGUAAAAUUUUGCCAGGUGGCAUGAAGCACCAAGUUAAAGCUGUAGGUUGGUUUUAGAGCUAUGCAUAGAAGAGAUACUUUCCUUCAUAGAAAUUUCUGGUUUGUAAAGAAGAAAUGCUCUUUGGACAGUUUUGUUCUUUGGUUGGGUUUUUUUGUAUUUAUUAGUGUCUGUUUGCACUAAAACCUGAUUUCAGUCAGUGCUUGCUGUAGCUGUCUAAUAACUGGGGUAGAUUAGAUAUGUUAGAUUAGAUAUUAGUUAUGUUUGGUUUACAAGUGGUGUUGCCAGUGAUAUCCACAAUGAGAAAUAUCUCCUCUAUGAUCUGCAAUGUCUUACUCUGGUGACCGUGCCCAUAUAAGUAACAUUCCAAUAGUCUUGUUCUGGUUUCUUUUUAUUGUCUAGAGUCCUACUGAAUUUUUUUUCCACACCAAAAUGUCUACAGUCUUUAAAUCUUCAUCUGUAAUUGGUAGCUGUAAAUAUAGUAUAAGAGUAACACUGUGCUGCUAAGUAUUUAUUAAGCAAUGCAGCACCGUGAGUGGACUUACCUUGAGGUAAUUUUUCCUGUUAUUUUUCUCAGUCUGAAGAUAGGUUAAUUGAAGUCUGGGUUUUGGUUGCUUUUUCUAUAGACUUUUCCCCACCUAAGCAAUGUGUUACUGGUGUCCAUUCCUGGAGAUACACAAAGGGAUCUGUAAAGUCAUUUCCUGGCCUUGGCAGUUUACCUGGCAAUAGUCUGUCACAUAGUAGUUAAAUACUUAGGAGCAAGUGACAUAAAAUUAGGCAGUUGCCUAAAAUGUUGCUUCCAAACCAGUUGUUGGCUAACAUGCAUGAGGUGCUGUUAAUCCUUACACCUCAUAAGGUGUUUUUGCACUGUUUUAAAAUAGUUGAGAAGCAGAUUUGUGUGUGUGUGUUUUCUGCUCUGUAAGGUUAUUUGUUUUAACUACUUUUUUAGCUUCCUAUAUCCUAACUUUCCUUAUUACUCCUAGCUCCUCUGCCCUCCCAGUCUAGGUGGGGGAGAGGCUUCCUUGCUGCAGUGACUGAGCAGACUGGUCUGCAGUCUUGACAUGCCCCUUUGAUGCCUCUGGUGUCAGGUGCUGGCUUUAAAUGUCUGUCUCAUAAUUAGACUGAUCCUAGAGAAUGCUGUUGGUGCUGGAUUAAAUGUCUGGUUCUGCAGGAGCUCUGUGUGUAUGGCUGGAUGUCCCUAAUGCCUUGUGCUCUGUCACCAAAGCCCUUUGCUUGUUUCCCAGCCUGCUUCUGAUGAAAUCAGCUGACCUUAUUAAAACCACCUAUUUAAAUUGCUUCCAUUAAGGUGGUUGAUUUUGGCUUAAGUGGAUGAGGGAUUGUUCAAGAGAGUGAUGGGAGCUCUAGCAGAAGUGCUGUUAGCUACAACGGCCUCAAAUUUCUUCUGUUGGCAAAGCGAACAUCUCUGUACACCAUAACUGGCAGUAAAGCCUGUUGGAAAGAAGCAACUGACCCAGUACAUCUAUCUGGGGAUUGUCUUCUCCAUUCUUCACCACAGUGCUUGGCAGCCUGCUUGGACACCCAGCUUUGGUGUUUUUGAGCUGAACCUGUUAAGUUAAAGGUCUGCAGCCUUAAAGGCUCUGCAGCCACUUUCAAGGCCUUUUCACAGUGCCUUGAGAAUCGGUGGAGAGGGUUUUUCAUGUUAUGUGAGGACUUGCCACAGUGGCUGGACUGUGAGCUUUUGCUCUGAAGAUCUGUACUGGGCAUUGUGUAGAUUGUGAAUGUUAAUUUUUGUGUUUGGUGUUUAGCCCAUGUUAAAAUCACAGUGCUACCCUUUGGUUCUGAGUAUGGGAAGGAAUUGUGCCUUACUACCUGUACCCUGUGCUUCAAAAGAGCAAGGAAGGGUUGUGAUCUGUUACAGGUGAGUUCUACCUUUGCACCUUCCAAUGUGAAAGAGCAGCAAGUGAUCUCACACAAUUCUCAGAGCUCAGCACAAGAUGUUUUUGCAUAAUGGCUGUCAUGGUGAUCCUCGUUCAAAUUUGUGCAAUAAAAUACCAAGCUUUCUACACUGAAGGGAAAUUCUUAGUGAAAUUUUUCAAAGGUUCUAUAAAAUUGUAGCAAAUCAAGAUGCUUGCAGUGCCUGUAAGAUGGAAAUUCAUCCCUUUUUUAGUCUAUUGCUGUAAACAUAAGCAACUCUCUGGAUAUUAAAUUCUAUGCUGGACAGAGCUAUAUAUCACUUUUAAUACCAUUAAGAAUUUAAGUGAUUUUUAAUUAUCAGAGCAGGAUGAUAAUACAUUAAUUUUAUAUAUAUGUGUCAGGUAAGAAUUAUGUCAUUUUAUUUCCAGUGUUGCCUUGAAUUUCCAUCUAAAUAAUUUUUAAAUGCUUAAGUAUUUUUUAUCAUUUUAAAUGUGUGAUCUUUUUUAAUGAGUUGUUUUCUUGAUCUAAGGAACUUUAUAAGAUAUUUUGUAAUCAUUUUUUAAAAUAAAGGUUUAGUAAAUAACUGUUUCUUGGUUUUGCUGCUAUGAUUUGGUGCUGCGAUGCAGUUCUUCCAAAGCCAGCCAUAGGAAAUAACAUCAUUCUUUGUUCCUGGUUUGGAGGAAAACCUUGCAUUGUGUUUGCCUGUUCCUGGGGAAGAGGGUCCAACUGGCUGCAUAUUCUCACUGGAAGUUCCCAGGAAAAAAGAUCUGAUAAGGGGAGUACUUUCUUGUUUCAUAAUCCUUCAGAUGACUUAUUGCCUGGUGGUCAUCUUGUACACAGGAGGAGGAUUUCACUUCAUUGUUGGCACAGAAACUGGACUUCCACAGUAUGAUUUUCUCUUUUUUUAACAUGAAAAGAUGAAAUAAUUUUAAAGAUGAAAUUGUCUCUUCAAUGAAGUUGCCAGAGAUGAGUGUAAUUGUAAGGAGUCGAAAGGGAAAACGGUCUCAAAUGUUUUGAAUUACCUAGAUGCAAGAAAACAAGGCAAAAUGUAUUACAAAGGUAUGUCAGUGGUGGAUUUUACACCUUGAGAAAAUAACUCAGAAAUACUAGAUCUAAUAAUUUGGAGCAUGACCACACAGUUUAAGUCGUGUUAUUGCUAGAAUAACGACAGCCCCCUUCUCAGGAGCGUAAUGCAAGUUGGUUUACUGUAAAUGACCAGAAUAUAGUGCAGCAGGGCAGAAUACGGGCUGGUAGCAUGCAGCUUUCCUUUGUUAGUGCUCAGGCACCACCUGCUCACCAUGUCCAUCCCUCGGUCUAGGCACAGAUGUAUUUCCUGGCUUUGGGAUGAUUUUGCCCUUACAGAGAGGAGCAGGACCAGCCACUUGCUGUCUCCCACAGCUUCGGUCAUGCAGGAGCGAAGGAAGGGUCAGUGCUUGGCUGGGCUUUGGGUGUGGCUGCCCCUUGGAUUCGGAAUGGCUAUUCUUAGCCCGCGGAAGGAAGCACGACGAAGGGCAGAAAUACAUUCCGCAUUGUUCCUGCCGUCUGCACAGGAACCUGCCGAGAAGCUGCAGGAGGGAAGGUUGUCCACAAGAGGGCAAAGAUGAGCCUGGGAUUGAAGUUAUUUGGUCUGAAGGACUCCGUCCUCUUCCCACCUGUAUUUCCAGCGGGAUUGAAGCCCCCAUGUCCCUCUGUUGUCAGUAUGGCUAUAAAUUGAACUGUGCGUUUUAGGGAUACUCUUUCCAUUAAUUUUUUUAUUUCUCAAUAUAUAGCUUGAAGGAUUUUUGGCAAUAUAAUCUUACCAGUAUUGUGUCGAGGAGAUACUUUGCCUGAGCAGUUUGAAAGGGUUUUACUUGCAUUACUUGUGUUUUGUAGCCUGCCAAUGAAUGUUUUUAAAAAUUCAAGUAGAGCUUCAGCUGCCUUAAAACACUGCACUUAAAACACUGCACUGCAGUUUUGGAGAACUUUGUGGUCUGUACUAUGCUGUGGUUUUCAAUAAAAGGUCUGUGGAUUACAGGA